UAUUAUAUAGCUUAGGCAACAACAACAACAUCAUCAUCAUCAAUAUCAUCUCUCUUCUCCUUCCCAUUAAUAGCCCACUGUUACCUCCUUUCCUUUUUCCUUUGCCUCUCUUUUCUUUUUGCCAUAUAUUUCUUUAAAGGUUUUCUACUAUUCGAUACCAUGGACGCAGAAUUACCAUAUGGUCCAGAGUUUAAUGCGGGCAACAUUGGCUGGGUGCUUGCCUCCACGGCACUUGUCUGGCUCAUGAUACCAGGAAUUGGCUACUUCUAUAGUGGAUUGGCCAGAAGUAAAAACGCACUGUCAAUGAUCAUGAGUGCUUUCCUCUGCUUGGUAGUUGUCUCAGUCCAGUGGUUCAUAUGGGGCUACAGCUUAGCCUUCAGCGAUACUGGCUCGGCUUUCAUUGGCAAUGUCAAACAUGCCUUUUUCCGCGACGUAUUGGGAGAGCCCUCACCUGGCAGCGCCAACAUUCCCGCCAUUGUAUUUUGCGUAUACCAAGGCAUGUUUGCAUGUCUCACACCAGCCCUGGCCAUCGGUUCUGCAGCCGAACGCGCACGACUCAUGCCUAUGAUUAUUUUUAUUUUUGUCUGGUCAACCAUCGUAUACGACGUUCUCGCCUGCUGGACGUGGAACCCGAACGGCUGGAGCUUCCAACUGGGCGGCCUUGAUUUUGCGGGCGGCACACCUGUGCACAUUGCCUCCGGCUUUUCAAGUUUGGCCUAUGCAUUGAUCCUAGGCAAACGUGCAGGCAAAGGCAGCAUUUCGCAGGAGAGCGAUUUUAAGCCCCACAACAUGUCAAACGUCGUUCUUGGCACAGCCCUUUUGUGGUUUGGAUGGUUUGGGUUUAAUGGAGGGUCAGCGCUAGGCGGCAGCUUGCGUGCCGGUAUGGCAUGCAUUGUUACCAACUUGGCAGCAUCGAUCGGCGCCAUCACUUGGAUGGCAUUGGAUUAUCGUAUUGAUCGCAAAUUCUCAGCUCUUGGAUUCUGUUCUGGUGCUAUCUCUGGUUUGGUAGCAAUCACACCUGCGGCAGGAUUUGUUGGCCCUGGCCCUGCUGUCGCUAUUGGUUUCUUUGGAGGCGUCUUUUGUAAUCUUGCUUCGCACAUGAAAGACUGGCUGCGUUAUGAUGAUGCACUGGAUGUGUUUGCCGUACACGGUGUUGGUGGUUACGUUGGCUGCAUAUUCACUGGCGUCUUUGCUGAAAGCUACAUUGCCGCUUUGGACGGCACAGAAAUCCCUGGCGGUUGGAUGGACCAAAACUGGGUUCAAGUCGGCUAUCAGUUUGCUGAUGCAACUGCUGGUGCUGCUUGGUCUUUCUUCAUCACCUAUUUGAUCUUGUUCAUCAUGGACAAAAUCCCUGGCUUAUCUCUUAGAGUCUCGCAAGAAGUAGAGUUACAAGGCUUGGACGUUGCAGAAUUUGGUGAGCAGGCUUACGCGUAUCACAUCAACAAGAUCGUUACUGUCGAUCCAGAAACCGGCGAGCAAAAGGUUGUCCGUGAAGAGGUCAAGGAAGUGCCUCAGCACAAUGACAUCGGUCGAACUUCGAUGGUGUCUUGAAUAACGUAGCCUUCUGACAAUAUCUGCCUCUACCUCUAACAUAGUGAAAACUAUGUAUUCUAAACCCUUUACCGCACAAACAAUAUUUCGUUCGAUGUAGCGUAGUGUGUUUUAUCUUCAGUGCAUCUAUACACUAUGAUAUACAACAAUAUUUUUUUUUCUUCCUCUUCCCCUUCGUUUUCAUUGAUAUAUGAGUCUCUACUAUACCCAGGGUCCUGCUUCUCCUCUUCCCAGCUAAUAUGCAUUAACCUUUUCCCUACUCAAUUGUCAACUAUUACUAUUACUACUAUCGGUACUAGCCUGCUUAUAUGUACUAGCAAAUAAUACUUUGUAAAGAUAUGCUCAUAGCUGUACAUACUGUAGUAGUAUACAACUGUGUAGUCCGAGUGCGACAACCUUUCGACAUUGUAGCAUAAAGUGUUUGGUUGCUUAAAAAUAUUCUAAACCC